UGAUAAAAUAGGUUUCUUUUUCGUUUGGUUGUAGGCUACAGCAGAAGAAUUCGCAAUGAACUCAAAGCGCAACAACGGUGAAAACGGGGCGGGCAGAAUCAACCCAGUGUCGGUACCAACAGCAACAAACAGUUCAUCAGCCAGCGCUUCUCACCGUAAACAAACUAUAAUCAACUCAUCCCAUAAGGGGGAGAAGGAUGAGUGCAUGCAAAACACGGUCCGGGACAAAAACUUCUCCAUCUCCACACUCAGAACUCGCCUCGGACCGACCAUCCGGUCCACUCUGUCCGCCGCAGUGGACACCCUUCUGGGCGAGAUCGUGGCGGUGCUGUCCGAGACCCAGCGGGAGCUGCUGACCAAAGAGCAAGAGAACGAGAAGCUGAAGGUUCGGCUCGAAGUCUCGGAGAGAGAGCUCAAGACGUUACAGGAGUGUCUGUGUAGCGCUCAGAAAUUAAUCGACCAGCUUCAGGGCCCCUUUGGAAACCCAUCCAUGCCGGGACAUCACGUCUACGCCACCUCUGGACCCUUAAACUCGAACCGCUUAACCCAUCGGAGUGCGCCCGAUCCGGAUCCGCGCUGCUUUACUGGAGCUGAACCCGAAUUGAGUGGCGCUCUGGGUGAUGCCAUACACGGCUUUGACUCCAGAGAAGAGUUCAAGAGCUGCCACCUCUCCAUUCAGGCGGAUGGGACGGUGACGAACAGUUUUUAUGACCCUAUAUCCGUCCAUUCGUCUAACAUCUGUUCAGACAUGAACCGACCUGGUGAGAUGGUGGAUGACAGCAGAAGACUCUCGCACACCAGACCCCCCAACCCUCCCUCACACACUAGCUUCUCUGUUAAAGAGGAGCAGGUUCCUGCCUCUGGACAGGUGUGUGUGCGGGGAAGAGAGGCGCCCACAGAAGCCGAGCAUUCAGCUCAGAGCGUGUGUGAUCUGGCAUACGUCCAUGUGGUCGAGGAGGAAGGAGGCUCCCGUUCACACCAUCACCCCUCCAAAACUACACCACCGCCCCCCUCCAGGCCUCACAAUGGACCCUCCUCCAGUAGUUCGCCUACGCAGGGGACCUCCGGACUUAGAUCGGCCCAGAGAGAUGCUUCUGGUUUGGGUAUGACUCCCAGGAGGAGCCCAGGUGUGGACGGCUCAUCGCCAGAAGAGCCUAUGCGGCGCUCCAUCUCGGAGUUGAUGGGGGAGGCACCUGGAGAACGUCCUCACUUGUGUUUGGAGUGCGGCAAGACCUUCCGUCUGAUCUCUAGCCUGAAAAAGCACCUGAGGAUCCAUACAGGAGAGAAACCGUACCCGUGCACCGUGUGCGGCCGCCGUUUCCGUGAGUCUGGGGCUCUUAAAACUCACCUCCGCAUCCACACGGGUGAGAAACCGUAUUCCUGCUCCGAUUGCGGAACGCAGUUUCGCCAUCUCGACGGCCUGCGGAAGCACCGCCGCACACACACUGGUGAAAAACCGUACGUGUGCAGCGUCUGUGGGAAACGCCUCAGUCGCCUGCAGCACCUGAAGCACCACCAGCGCAUACACACAGGAGAACGGCCGUGUUGCUGCCCACUCUGCCAUCGAGGCUUUAAAGAUCCGGCCAGUCUGAGGAAACACCUCCGUGCCCAUCAGGGGGAGCCUGGAGCGGAUGAAGCAAUAGGCAUGGCCGGUUUGGGAGAGGGGGACGGGGGAUCCAUGGAUGAUGAGGAUAUGAGAUUCGGGAUGUGGGGGGAAGAAGAAGGAAACGAAGGCGAGCCUGUGGUGGACUGUGUGUAGUCAAGCAAACAGAUAAGCAAAAAAAUGAACAUUUUGG